CGCGCCCGCAACGAUAUGGAGAAGCUAUCCAAAGUGAUGUUCCUCCUGCUGUGCCACGUCACCUCCAUCGCCAAGCAGAUCGUUUUCUACGCGGACGCCGAUCGCAUCGACGAGGUGCUGCGCAACCUCGACGCGCCGCUGCUGGCGGGUAGCAGCGCGGGCGGCGCGGCGAGGCUGGCGCGGACGGCGGCGGCGGCGCGGCGGCUGCUGCUGGGGUACGCGGGCUGCGCGGUCGUGGUGUGCCACCUGUGGCUGGCGCUGACCCUGCUGGCGCGCGCCGCCGGCCAGCCCGUUGAGUUCUCCUUCUGGACCGGCUUCGAUACGCAACCGCUCGUCGCGUUCGUGCCGUGCCUGCUGUACUCGCACUACGUGAUCACGCUCGUGGGCAUCGCGAACACGACGAUGGACGGCUUCAUGGCCACAAUCCUCUACCUCUGCAAGACGCAGCUGGAGAUUCUCAGAGAGGACUUGCGGACGCUGCCGGAGCGCGCGCGGUCGGCGGCGGGCGAGCAGCACGAGCAGCACGAGGCGACGCUGCUUCGCGAGUUCGUGCGCUGCUUUCGCCACUACCAGGCCGUCACCGAGAUAGCUACGUCGUUCCAGGACAUCUUCGGCCUGGCGAUCUUCAUACAGGUGGGAGUGGGCGGCGGCAUCCUGUGCAUGGCGGCGUACAAGAUGGCCAGCCUCUCGGUGGCGAGUGCGGAGUUCGCGUCCAUGCUGCUGUUCAUCGCCUGCAUCCUCACCGAGCUGUUCCUCUACUGCUACUACGGCAAUGAGCUUAAAGUCGAAAGUGGGCUGGUGGCGAGCGCGGCGUACUCGAUGCGCUGGGUGGGGCUGUCGGCGCGCGCGCGGCGCAUGCUGCUGCUGCUGCUGCUGCGCGCCGGCCGUGACCUCAGCCCCGCCGCCGCCGGCCUCGUGCCGCUCUCUCUCGAGACCUACGUCAAGAUAAUCAAGUCGUCGUACACUUUCUUCGCUGUCCUGCGCCAGACGAAGUGA